UAUCGGACUCUGCAUCUCAUCGAGAAACAUAGGGCGGCGAACAUUCCUGCUGAGUGGUGAGAGAAGGAUCGACCUGAUGUCUCUUCACAUUGGUAAUCUAUCCACACGCACUCGGAGAGAUGAACUUGAGCGUGUCUUCUGUAGAUUUGGACAUUGUAAUGUUAGGCUGAAAGGAGAAGGCUAUGGUUUUGUGGUCUAUGACUUCCCUCCAGACGCAGAGAAAGCUCUGAGAGCACUGCAAGGUAGAAAUAUAUGUGGGGAGCAGCUAACUCUGACAUGGUCAAAGAAACAACCCAAAUCUUUUCAAAGAUUUGCUAGGAGUGGUCGAAAUUAUGAAAUGCAACGAGGAAGGAAUUCUGACAUGGCAGGCUUUGCAAGAAGGAAAAUGAAUUUAAAUGGAUGGAGGAAUUACAAGAUUAGUAAUGAUGCAAGGAAUAACUCUGUUGACAUGCCUAGUGGAGAGAGGGAAUAUCAUCAUGAUGAUUUUAAAGAUUAUGAUGGGGAAGAAAAAGAUUUCAGGCAAGACUUUCUAGAUGAUGGAGCUGGAGCCCAUCAUAACUUUGAGGACAAUGGUAGAUGGGGUGAGUCAAUUCACGACUCAUCAAUCGAUAAUGGGAAUGAAAAUGCUGUUGAAUUUGAUCAAUAUGAACCUUAUCAUGGUUAUGACAGGAAACAUGAGAAUGAAAAUCAUAACUUAGGUUACUCUGGUGGUUCUCCUGCAGAAAACUCCCGUAAAAAUGUGGGUAGAGCAAGGAUUGGUGAGGAAGCUUCAAACCGUCCUCGUGACCCAGCAUAUGGGCAAACCUGUUAUAGAUGUGGUGAUUCAGGUCACAAAAUGCGCAAUUGUCCUAAUAAAGAUUCAUCCCAUAGAAAAUAUAACAAGUGGGAUGAUGGGGAAGAUGGUAAAAUAAAUUGGAAACGUAGGUCUGAAGAUGAUCCUAAGAAAUUUGGAUCAGGAUCUCAGGUGAAGCUGCAGUCAGGUGGGGAUACUUCAUUCCCGAAGCACCAGAAGAAUGAGAGUUGGUUGCCUGAUUCACGACAUUACCAGACACGUGAAAGUAAAUUCUCCCCUGCAGCAAAGGCAAUUGAGCAGUCUCAAGGAAAUGAAUAUGAAGGGAGAAAGCGUGGCAGGAAGGGAAUUGGAUCUCCGAAAAGAUCUCAGGGAAAAAAAGCAAGAAGGUCAAUCACACCCUCUUUGCAGUCGGAUCGCAUUGCAUCUUGUUUAAACUCAAUUUCUCAAUCUUCCAAGUCUUUGCAAAGGUCCCAUACCCGUUCUAGAUCAAGGUCAGCUUCUUCUCGUGCUCAUUUCUCAUCCCCAGAUUUAAGAUCUUCAAGAUCACACUAUUCUAUGGGUAGAAGUCCAAAUUCUAAAAGGUCAAGCACCCCCUCAUCUCUGUCUGUAUCACUUGGUCAGCCCCUACAAUCAGCUACAAAUGAAAUUCAUUUGAAUUCAAAAGGCUCAACUUUGGAUGUUGCUGCUCCUGAAUCCUUGGAUAAGUUGGUUGGACAGGGACAACAGUCUGACAGAAAUUUGGAAUUAGAGAAUGAUAAAUCCAAAGAUACUAGUGAUGUCGUUGGAAAUGAUGCAUCAUAUGCCAACAUUGUGGAUGACAAUAAUGAGAAUGGUACUCUCUUUGGUAUGUCUCCCAAAGGAACGAAUUUCACCAAAGCACUGCCUGAUAAAGAUACAUUAGAUGCUGAGAAUUUGUCUUCAGAGAGGAAGCAGACAGAGGGCUUCCAGCGUCCUGGACCACUGGUUAUGGAUAAUAUCCCUCCAGGAGUUGAGAAACCAGCCUCAGAACCUCAUGCUAACGUGCUUGCAACAUUCUUCUGAGCAAGCAACCAUAACUUCUGAAGAAAUGUGCAUGGUUUUAAAGCACUAUGGCCUGGAGCUUCCCAAAGAUGAUGAAGAAAAUUUAGCAGUGGAUGCCUUCUUUGGUUCUGCUCGGUUGUGGCCCUGGCAUAUCAUUUAUUACCGCAGGCUGAAGAAGGGACCAAUUUCAGUUGAGAACUAUGCUAGGCGAGUUGCUCAAAAUCAAGAAUUUGGUAUUGUUGAUAAGUAUAUUAGAAGCAGCAGUGGAUGGGGAGAGUUCAGCCUGGGGAACGCACAAUAAUGCUGCCUGUCACCAACGUUGCCCUUUAGUGGACUUUUCGGCGUAAAAUCUCAGUAUUUUGUGUUUGCUCUUGUUAGGCUCUACCUGGAUUCAGAUUUGAAUUCCUUAAAAAGGGUUUAGCAAGAAUUUUGCGCGGGUAGCCAGGUAGGUAAUUAUGCAAAUCAUAACGCAAUCGGUAUUGCUAUGCAUACUAUUAGUCCUCACGAUCAGUAUCUUUAAAAAAUCGUCACAUAUAUGAAAAUGCCAGUGCAUUGAAAA